GCAGCGCAGCGAUAUUUUAUCUCAGUCUGCGAGUUAUGACUCCAGCACCGCGCCAGACAACACACCUCGUCUCGGCUUGUGCCUCCGGACUGGAUCAGGUUGCUGGACCCUCUCUCUCUCUCUCUCUCUCUCUCCCUCUCUCUCUCUCUUUCUCGCGCGCUCUGUCUCUCUCUGUGCCUCCGUUUGCAGUAAUGCGUAAAGAUCUGCGCGGUGAAAAAACGCAGCUUCGGCCAAAAUGCAUCUGAGCACUUCUAAUGAUCUCGGACCGUAGACGAUAUGCGUGCACGGGGGACGAUUUCACAGCCAAUCCGAGGAUUAUAACUGCACAAAACCAAACUUUGUUCAAGUUCAGUGUCCAACUUUCCGCUGAACCAACAGGUGCGCGCCGGGAUUACGCAGCGGCGGAGCUCCGAGGAGGAUUUUUCCCCCCCCUGAUUCAUCGAGUUAAGAUUUAACUUUUUUUCUCGGAAGGACUGAUGAUUUUGUGGAUUUUACUCCAGAUGUGCCCCAAGCAGCCCUGGUAUCCCGUGAACGACGCGUGUGCGUGGUGAUCCCGACCAUCCCGUCUCCAGCGCCUGGCGCUCGCCUCCCACCACUCAUCCAAAUGAUCCUUCCAUUACUACUCAUCCUUGCAUCGCUUCUCCAACACGACGGCUCGGACGCCGAAUCAAGCCAUGUCAGCAAAUUCCACCUUCCAAGUAUAAAGGAGCAAAACGGGGUGCAAGACUCUCAUCAGGAGAAAGUGAUCACAGUGUCUGGAGAGGGAAUGAUCCACAGCCCAGACUUCCCUCACACCUACCCCAGGAACACGGCCUUGGUCUGGAGACUGGUGGCGAGCAGCAACAUGAAGAUCCAGCUCACCUUCGACCAGCGCUUCGGUCUGGAGGAUCCCGAGGACGGAAUAUGCAAGUACGACUUCGUGGAGAUCGAGGAUGAGAAGACGCUGCUGGGCCGCUGGUGCGGCUCUCAGUCCGCACCGUCCACCCUCGUUUCCAAAGGCAGCCAGAUCAGCGUGCGCUUCGUCUCCGACGAGUAUUUCCCCUCCGAGCCCGGAUUCUGCAUCCGCUACUCCCUGCUGCCGGCGAGUGUGUCGGAGCCCGGCGUCCCGGCGGCGGCGGCGGCGGCGGCGGCGCCGACCUCCCUGCAGGAGAUGGAGGAGCUGUCGGAGGCCGUGGAGGAGCUGGGCACCGUGGAGGAGGUCCUGCAGUUCCUGGAGCCGGAGCGGUGGCAGCUGGACAUGGAGGAGCUGUACAAGCCCACCUGGCACGUGCUGGGGAAGUCCUUCAUCCACAACAAGAAGGCGCGAGGAGCCGAUCUCAACCUGCUGCGGGAGGAGGUCCGCCUGUACAGCUGCACGCCGAGAAACUUCUCGGUGUCGCUGCGCGAGGAGCUGAAGAGAACAGACGCCAUUUUCUGGCCCAGCUGCCUGCUGGUGAAGCGCUGCGGCGGGAACUGCGCCUGCUGCUCCCACCGCUGCUUCGACUGCCAGUGCGUCCCGCUCAGGGUCACCAAGAAAUACCACGAGGUCCUGCUGCUGAAGCACCGCAGCGGCGCCCGAGGCCUGCAGAAGUCCCUGACCGACGUGCCGCUGGAGCACCACGAGGAGUGCAGCUGUGUGUGUAAAGACGACUGGGACUGACCCGACACACCAGAACCGGACCUCCGCUCACCGAUCGGCGGCUCGUCCGCCUCCACGGGGAAGCUAACGACAUUCCCCCUUAAUCCUGUUGUCCUCCGUCUAAUUGGACGAAGCAGAACAGACCGGAAUCUAAUAAAUCCUCUGAAGGGAUGCGACUGCUGUGGAAUACCAAUGCUGUGCUCUGAGAGGCAGAAAUUCACUGGAGCGUAUCUGAACUGUUGCUCAUGAACUCCGAGGACUAUUUUCUCCAGCUUGCUGGAGAUAAGAACGUCGCCUCCUCUUCGCGAGGUCUUUUUUUAAAGUUGGCUCGGUGUGGGCCGACGGUGUCACGGAAAAUGGGAGCCUCUUUGUUGGAGUACUCUUUUAUUUUUUAUUUCUCUAAGUGAGCCGGCUGCAGCUGCCUGACUCCCUCAGCUCCUCUAUUAUUACCAUCAAGGCAGAGAAAGGUGCUUUUUAUGAGCAGUCGUUUUCCUCCGCUCCUCUCUUGUUUUACCACAGAUUUAAUCUGAAGCAAAUGCCGCCACAGCGCAGCUGAAACGUAUCACUAAUGAGACUGCAGUAUGUGUAAAUACGUCUUUCUUUUCUUCCCUCUUUCCUGUGCUUUUCUUCCUUUUCUACCAAAGAUUCUCACGGAGAACAGAAAGUUGCACAUGUUGAGUCAUUUAGGCAGCGUUCAGUCAAACAUUCAAAGUCUUUGAUCGAUCCAUCUCAAUUCUAAAUGUGCAGGAAUGUCUUGAAUUUUUGACAUGGUUUUGAAUAUUUAUUUGUUUAAUGAAAGGGAAUUUAGGUCCAAGACGCCAUGUUUGUUGUAUUUGCUGCUGUACAGUAGUAUUAGCCUGCAUCGUCCUUGUUAAUCUUUCUUUUCUUUUUUGCCAACAUUGUUUGUUUUUGCAUUUUCUGUAUGCCAUAGUUAUUUAUCUCUACUUUUGCAAGAACAGUUUGUGUAUUUCAUAGUACCGAGCAUCAACAAUAAAUUCUUCCGUUUCUAAUUUGUGGUGAAAUACUUUUUAAAAUGA